UACGCACCACCUGAAUGGACCCGUCUGACACCAGAACCAGGGAGCCAGGCUGUGUGGGAGCUCCAGAACCGGUUCGGUAGAAAGGUUUCUGUCGACGAACACCAAAUGUCAGCGUCGUGACUUUGUUUUGACAAAGAAAACGCGAGUGUCGCAGCUCGAGAGCAGGAAUGGAGCGAACGGCAGCAGGUGCUCUGACGGGUUAAUUAAAGUCUGCGGUUCUGUUUUUUACUUGUUGACAUGAUGGAGGAGCCGCAGGUUCGGACGUCGGGAAGCAGCGACGGCACGUCUUCGUCCUCCAGUUCCCACACCAUCUCCGAGGAGGUGGAAGAGGCGAGUUUUCACCUGAAAGUUGUCAUCGAGGGUCUGAGGUCUGAGCAGGAGGACUGUGGAGACACGGGACCAGAGACACCAGAAGAAGAAGAGCUCGAAAAGGAAAAUACCUGCUGCUGCCCCCCAAUAUCCAGGUGACACAGACGGCACUGCAGCCUCCAUCUGAGACCUCAAACCUGGUCCGUAUGCGCUCCCUGCACCUCGGGAAGUCGGACCCAUCACUUAACUCCAGCGUGCUGUAGAACAAGCAACAGAAAAAGCCUGAUUGGAAGUGGCCAGUCGUCAGGUUUACCUCGACCUCACUCUCCGCUUUCAUCUCUGGCAGGAACAAGCCCACAGGACAGCCCUAGAAACUUCUCUCCCAGCGCCUCUGCUCAUUUCUCCUUUGCACGAAGUCAUUGCCACAGAACAGACAGGGCUGAUGGUCGUCGAUGGUCGUUGGCCUCCCUUCCCUCCUCUGGAUAUGGAACCAACACACCCAGCUCCACAGUCUCUUCAUCCUGUUCAUCACAGGAGAAGCUGCACCAGCUGCCCUUCCAGCCAACGCCUGACGAACUUCACUUUCUCUCCAAGCACUUCUACACCGAGAGCAUUGCUGGGGAUGAAUGUCACAGAACGACGGCAAUGCGACCCCGUUCACGCAGCCUCAGCCCUGGAAGAUCUCCAUCGUGUUACGAUCAUGAAAUCAUCAUGAUGAAUCAUGUCUACAAGGAGCGCUUUCCUAAGGCCACGGCUCAGAUGGAGGAGAAGAUUCAAGAAAUCAUUCGCAGCAACUCUCCAGAGAGCUUCCUCCCUUUAGCAGAUGGUGUUCUCGGAUUUGCCCACCACCAGAUCAUUGAACUGGCCCGGGACUGUCUGGAAAAGAGCCGCCUAGGACUCAUCACCUCCAGCUACUUUUGUGAACUCACUGACAAACUGGAGAGGCUCGUUCAUGAGUCUACAGAGAGGUCAGAGAGCGAGGAGGUGAACUUCAUCAAAGAGGUGGUGAAGAAGAUCCUCAUAGUGAUAUCACGGCCUGCUCGCCUGCUAGAAUGUCUGGAAUUUGACCCAGAGGAGUUUUAUUACCUUCUGGAGGCAGCUGAAGGACAUGCUAAGGAGGGUCAGGGCAUCAAAACAGACAUCCCUCGUUACAUCAUCAGUCAGCUGGGACUUACCCGGGAUCCCAUGGAAGGAAUUGCUCAGCUGACCAGUUGUGAUAGUGGGAUUGCAGAAACCCCAGAAACAGAUGACUCUUCUCACAGCCUCAGUUCAGCUCUGCGGUCCAGGAGGAAACCCUGUGAAUUAGACUUUGAGAUGAUAAAACUCAUCAGUAAUGGCGCCUACGGAGCUGUGUAUUUAGUUCGACACAAGGAAACAAAGCAACGGUUUGCCAUGAAAAAGAUCAACAAGCAGAAUCUGAUGCUGAGGAAUCAGAUCCAGCAGGCCUUUGUGGAACGAGACAUCCUGACCUUUGCUGAGAACCCUUUUGUUGUGUCCAUGUACUGCUCCUUUGAGACACGACGCCACCUGUGCAUGGUGAUGGAGUAUGUUGAAGGAGGAGACUGUGCCACCCUUUUGAAGAACAUGGGUCCGCUGCCUGUGGAUAUGGCCAGGAUGUAUUUUGCAGAAACUGUUCUGGCUCUGGAGUAUCUUCACAACUACGGCAUUGUCCACAGAGAUCUUAAACCUGACAAUCUGCUGGUGACUUCAAUGGGACACAUCAAGCUGACAGAUUUUGGUCUUUCUAAAGUUGGACUGAUGAACAUGACCACUAACCUCUAUGAGGGGCAUAUAGAAAAAGAUGCCAGGGAGUUCUCUGAUAAGCAGGUUUGUGGAACUCCAGAAUACAUUGCACCAGAGGUGAUCCUGAGACAGGGCUAUGGGAAACCAGUGGACUGGUGGGCUAUGGGCAUCAUCCUCUAUGAGUUCCUUGUAGGAUGUGUCCCGUUCUUCGGAGAUACACCAGAGGAGCUGUUUGGACAGGUCAUCAGUGAUGAGAUCAACUGGCCAGAAGGAGAGGAUGCUCCACCUCCUGAUGCUCAGGAGCUUAUCACCCUGCUGCUGAGACAGAACCCUCUGGAAAGGAUGGGCACAGGUGGAGCCUCUGAAGUCAAGCAGCAUCAGUUUUUCUACAACCUGGACUGGAAUGGUCUGCUGAGGCAGAAGGCAGAGUUUAUUCCUCAGCUGGAGUCUGAAGACGACACAAGCUACUUCGACACUCGCUCUGAGAGAUACCAUCACCUGGAGGCUGAGGAAGAUGACACAAAUGAUGAAGACUUCAACGUGGAUCUGCGGCAGUUCUCCUCUUGCUCUCAUCGAUUCUCUAAGGUUUACAGCAGCCUGGAUUUGUCUCGAGGACAUCUGGAGGAGAAAGGAGAGGCGGAGGAGAAGAAGAGUGAGAGCCCGCUGACUGUGGACUCUCUCAGCUGGACGCCAGACUUCACUGAAAUGCCCUCGCUGUCACACUCAACAGACACGGAGAGCACAAACCAAGGUCCUCGUCCAAGUUUGCUGCCAAAGUUUGCCAUCUCUGCCGAGAGUGAAGGUGACGACACGUCAGGCCUCAGUGAUCCCAGCAAGGUGUCCUUCUCAAUCGGAGAGCUCCCGCGGGACGAACCUGAUGCCACCACUCCUGGCAGCACUCACAGCGGAGCCACGCUCUCUGGAAGUUUCUCUGAACAUCUGGACCAGCUGACGUCCAGAGGUGAGAGUGCAGAGAUCACCAACACCACCAGUCACUCCUCCACAGAUCAGGAGCCUCAGACCUCGUCUCUGCGACCAGAGAAUGCUGCAGGGAAGACUGGAGCUGUGGCAAAAGUCCCUAAAUCUGUCUCAGCUGGAGCCCUUUCUUUGAUGAUCCCUGCUGAUAUCUUUGGGGUGUCUCCUCUGGCCAGCCCAUUGUCUCCUUACUCCCUCUCCUCGGAUCCAUCCUCAAGGGACUCUUCUCCAAGCAGAGAUUCCCCUCUCUGCGGCGCCAACCCACGGCAGCCCAUCGUCAUCCACAGCUCCGGGAAAAAGUUUGGCUUCACUCUGAGGGCGAUCCGUGUGUACGCUUGUGACAGUGAUAUAUACACCGUCUAUCACAUGGUCUGGAAUGUGGAAGAUGGUGGGCCGGCACACAAAGCAGGACUCAAAGCUGGAGACCUGAUUACUCACGUGAACGGAGAAUCAGUUCAUGGUCUCGUUCACACUGAAGUGGUGGAGCUCCUUCUGAAGAGUGGUAACAAAGUGGCCAUUUCUACUACUCCCUUUGAAAACACGUCAAUAAAAACUGGUCCAGCCCGGAAGAACAGCUACAGGAGCAAGAUGGUGAGAUGUGGCAAAAAGUCCAAAAAGGAGAAGACCCCAGAAAGGCGGCGUUCCCUUUUCAGACGUUUUGCCAUGCAGCCCUCUCCCUUGCUGCACACCAGUCGCAGUUUCACCUCCCUCAAUCACUCCCUGUCAUCUGGUGAGAGUCUCCCCGGCUCCCCCACCCACAGUCUCUCCCCUCGUUCCCCCACUGCUGCCCUGCGAACAGCACCAGAUUUCACCGUGUCAGGUGGUAAUUCGUCUCAAAGCAGCUCUCCCAGCUCCAGCGCACCAAACUCCCCGGCAGGUUCAGGCCACAUCCGUCCCAGCACUCUGCACGGCCUCGGCCCCAAGCUGCCGGCUCAGAGGCUUCGACAGGGUCGUCGCAAGUCUGCCGGCAGCAUUCCCCUGUCUCCGUUAGCGCGUACACCUUCACCCACCCCACAGCCGACAUCUCCUCAGCGCUCGCCUCCUCCCCUUCUCAGUUCUGUACCGAUUUCCAAGACGGCCCCCCCUUUCCCAGCCAAGAUACACUCCCCUCCCACAAUUGUGCGGCACAUAGUUUGUCCCAAAAGUGCCGAGCCGCCUCGCUCGCCCCUCCUUACGCGUGUCCAGUCUGAAGAGAAGCUGUCCUCAUCCUACACAGGAGACAAGAAGCAUCUGUGUCCAAGAAAACACAGCUUGGAGGUAACUCAAGAGGAGGUGCAGGAUGAGGAGCUGACGAGUGGAGAGCGGGAUCACGCCGGACUGCAGAGCGUGGAUGAAGCUAGCAGCGAGCCUCUGGCCAUCCACCGGGUCCGACCUGUGGAGCAGGGCUGUUUGAAGAGGCCUGCUGGUCGUAAGGUGGGCCGGCAGGAGUCUGUGGACGAGCUCGAUAAAGAGAAGCUGAAAUUUAAGGUGGUUGUGAGGAGACAAGACUGGACAGAGAGGAGGGAGUCUCUGCAGAAGCAAGACGCCCUGCAUGAUUCGGACUCACUGCCUGUGUGUGCUGAUGACAGGGACGACAGUUUUCUGUUUCCAGUCCAAAACAAAACCCACAACAGUCCAGAGUCGAGUUCUCUAGAGAGCAAAGCUGCUAGCACAACCCUGAAAGAUGUUCUGUACAAAAAACUGUCCACUCGAGUCUCUGAAGCCAACAGUGAAGCAUCUUCAGGCAGCUGUGAGAGUGAAGGAAGCUCCCGAACAGCUUCCAGCUCCUCUCACACGGACUGGCAGCACCCUCGACUGGCUAAAGACAACAUGAAGCCGGACAGACUGGACUUUAAAGCUCCAAACAUCGAGUUCACCAGGAAGAGGCUGUCAUUUGAAGAAAGAGAAGACUGCAUGUGUCGCCUGUCGUCUGGCCUCCAUGACAACCUCCACUUUGGCUCCAUGAGGUCCAAGAGUCUCCAGCUGGACACAGUCAUGUCUCACGACCACAUGAAGGGAAGCCCUGAAGGCCUGCCCCCAAAACUGUUCUCGGGCAGAGGAGAGAGUGCUGUGGAGAAACUCCAGCUCAUCUCCGCUGAGGCUCCUCUGAGAAAAACAUCCUCUGAGUACAAACUGGAGGGCCGCCAUGUUUCUUCUCUCAAACCUCUGGAGGGUACCCUGGACAUCGGUUUCCUCUCAGGACCAAGAGUCUCCAAAACAGAAACCUGUUUGUCUAAGAUGACUGACAACACAAGUGAGACGGUCUCUGUGAGUCCACCAAUCUGGCUCAAAAGUCCAACUGAAAAACAGAUCACCAUCCCUCACCUGAAGUCGUCUGACAAGAUAAAAACAUUUACAACUUGUUCACCAAGUUCUGAAGCUUUUUGUCCCAAAGACCAAUCAACAAACACAGCUGUAGAAAUAAAAAUGAGUAAAGAUGGUGAGAAGAGCCAAGAAAAACACAGAGAACCAUUGAAGUCGUCAGUGGAGACCUUCACUGUGAAACAGGAGGGCCGGCCUGCUGUGAAAGCCUCGUCCUCUUUGGCUCAUCGACACAGCUCCCAGUUCUCCUCUGCUGGGAAAACUCCCUCCAUACGGGAGGUGAGCAACGAAGAUCAGGAGGAUGAAGUGGAGCAGCAGGAGGUCACACCAAACGGCAACAAAACUGCUCUGAUUUCAGCCCAACUAGAGGUCCAACGUAAAAACCCAGAGGAGGCGGCUGAAGCUGCUGCAGGUGGGGCAGUGCCCGGCCCCCUGAGGCUCAGCUCAAACUCUCUGGAUACAGGUCAGCAUGAGAGCUGUGGUCAAAGCAAAGCUGCUGGGCAGAACUCAAACACGACCUCCGUUUCUGAGGUGAGCGAGCAGAAAGUUUCUGCUCCACAAGAUCAGCCAUCUAAACUGAAACCACUAAACAUCUACUCAAACACACACAUGCCGCUUUCUGCCACAACAACAGCAUUUAGACCUGAAUGUGGAAAUAAAUCCACUAGUUUAAAAUCUAAAGUUGGCUGUGAAACAUCUAUUAGUGAAUCAAACAUUUCAGCUGUGAAGGUGGCUGAAGAAACCGGCAGCUCAGCCUCCAAAAUCCACCCAGGUGGCACCGAGAUGCAGCAAAACCAAGAGGUUUGUGCAGGAGACCUGAGCAGCUCACUGAGUGUCACUGCAAAAGACAAAGUGAAUGUGACAAACUCUGACACUGUGUCUGCUCGUACAGCAAAGGACAAAUGGCAGAAAAAAGAAGUUAGUGUUUUAUCAAAAACCACAGAAGCAGCACUAAAAGAUUUCCAAAGUGAGAAAACGCUUCACAAAUCAUCAGAGUCUGGAUGUAAGAAGGAAAACACUGUUGUGUCUGCACAAGGAAAAGCUUCAGCUUCAGCACCUGCAGAUAAGUCCAGACUUGAUCCAGAACCUGCAGCACCCGCAUCUGUGAAAGAGGUGAAAUCUGACAGCAGCACACCUCCUGACCCGGUGAUUAAAUGGAGUCCAAACUCCAAAGUAUCUGCAGCCCUAACUUCUACCCUUCAUCCAACUCCUGAUCCUAAACACACACACGUCUUGUUGUCCUCUGGAGGAGGAGUUACAGAGAGCGUUCAGCUGACGUCAACAGUUGGUGCUGAUGUAAAGCAAAGAGCUCCUCAGUCCAAAGCUUCUGCAACAAUAAAAGACGCUGCAGACUCAAAAUCAAAAAGUCUCCUUUCUAAAACGCUCACAGCUGCACCCAAACAAAGUCUGGAUGUCAAAGCUAAAGAUCCCUCACCCAAAAAACACAAUCACUUUGAUGCAAAACCAAAAGACGUCUUGCUUCUUUCUGCUCCUCUGCUUCAGCAGCUCAGGAAGGAGCAACCAUCAAAUGUUUCCCCUUCACCAGAUCCACCUCUGGUGCCGCUGAAACCUGCAGUGAAGAAAGACACACACACCCCCAGCAGUGGAGCAGCUUCAGGCAAGUUCUGCAGCUGUGAGACUGAAGACAAGGCAUCCAAGAACCUGCUGAAAGCAGACAGUCACAAGGUCCCAGAGACCCACAUCCCUCCUCCCGACAAGCAGCCAUCAUCCAACAAGAAGGAGCAGGCUGAGAAGAAGAAAAAGGACAUGGUUCAAGAGUCUGCACUGAAAAUGAUCAAAAAAGAUCCAUCCAGAGCUUCUCCCUCCGCCUCUAAACACACAUCAGAUAAAGACAGCAGCAGCUGUAAGCAGUCGCCACGAAGCUCCUGUAACAAGUGAAAACAGUCACUUCACAGCAUCCAAACAAAAUGUUGACCAUCUAAUCAAGUUUUAAAACCUUGUAUCAGUCAAAAAGUCUUUGUCAUCUUGUUUUCAGACUGAUUUACUAAACAAGAC